AUGAGGCUCAGUCCUGCUUCGGUUCCCCUCACGGAGAUAACUCGGGACUUGGCUCACCAGCGGAUCCCCUCACGGAGGGGCCGGGCGGGGCUCGAUCCCGGUUCCCCUCAUGCAGGGGCCGAUCCGCUUCACGGAGAUGCAAGGCGGUUCAUGGCAGCCCCUGUUCCUCUCACGGAGGGGCCGGUUCCCCUCACGGAGAAGAAGGCGAAGGACAAGGCCCAGAUCCUGGAGCAGAUCGUGAGCAGCAAGAAGCAGGAGGAGGAGAAGAAGCGCGGGCUGGACAAGCGGACCCCGGCGCAGGUGGCCUACGAGAAGAUGCAGGAGAAGCGGCAAAUGGAGCGGAUCCUGAAGAAAGCAUCGAAAACCCACAAGCAGAGAGUGGAGGACUUCAACAGGCACUUGGAUACUCUGACUGAGCAUUACGACAUUCCCAAAGUCAGCUGGACUAAAUGACCAGGCUGCUUUUCAUGGCUCUGGAGCUGGAGUUGUGUUUUGUUUGUAUCAAGCAGGGUUGCCAUGUAAACCUGUCUUUUCUCCAUAUUGUCGAAUACAUCUUCUGAGCUUUUAUGACUUUAUACUGUCUUAUUUUAUAGACUUGUUUUUUAAAACCAAACAUGCAGCAGUGUCUCCUCUGGGCUGAGGAGCUCUGGUUUAUGUUGAUGCAGAGGGCUGGUUUUUCUUAAUAUUUAUAGUGAGAUUAAGGCCAAAACUAAUUGCUGUGAGCCAGAUGGAAAACAUUCCUUUAUGUCUUUGGUUCUAACAGUUCUCCCUCUUUGAGGUGAAGUGUCUGACAGGCUCACAUUAUUUAAGUUUCUCUAUUAUGUGAAUUGUAUAAGUACUAUCUAUCAAGUUCUGUCAGAGGCCACGCUGCAAAAUGUGAACUAUGUAAAAUUGUUUUACGAAAGGAUAUUCCUUGAUAUUUGAUCUUUGUAUACUUUCAAGCCUAACCAGCAAGAAGGGAGGUUUAAUCCAUGGAAUAGAGAGCAGCCAACAAGCUCUGAGUGAUGUCCAAGUUUUCAUAGCUGAUGUGCUGGAUUUCUGGGAUCCCACCGAGCAUCCAGGCUUGUGCAACUCUGAAAUAAAUAAUCAGCAUGUCUGUCGAGUGUGUAAUUACUGACUUGCUGUGUACCGGGUGCUGAAUCUGAUUUUUGUGGAAAACAGUGUCAUUUCUAUCUUGAGUAUCAACAGUAUCAUUUCUAUCUUGGGUAUCAAUGGUAUGGUAUCAUUUCCAUCUUGAGCUCUCUCUGAGGGGUCUGCUGCAACUUGUAAAUUCUAUUUAAUUUAUUAAAACGCUGCUUUCAUCCCUU